CGCCGACAAGCUGCCUCUCUGACAGCUGCAAACACACACACCCAUAAGAGCGAGCACAAGAAGAGAAAGAGCAACAUGGAGGAGCUGUGAGGCUGCUUGUGUACAUGAAUAACAUUUUCACCAAGAUGGAUUCUAACCCCCUCAUCAACGCCAUGGACCCAUCCAUCACACUGUGGCAGUUCUUGCGCCACCUGCUGGAUGACCAGCGUCAUCGUCACCUGAUCUCAUGGACGGGCGAGGACGGCGAGUUCAAACUGCUGGAUGCAGAAGAAGUGGCUCGCCUGUGGGGACUCCGCAAAAACAAACACAACAUGAACUACGACAAACUCAGCCGCGCACUGCGUUACUACUAUGAUAAGAAUAUCAUCAAGAAAGUGAGCGGACAAAAGUUUGUGUACAAGUUUGUCAGCCAGCCUGACCCCUCCCUGCCUUACGGGACACGCACACCUGAAGAAGGCCAAAGGAGGGACAACGGGGACGCCAAUGGCCAAACAAAAGGUCUUGGGGGCGGGGCAUCGACCUGUCAGUCAAAGAGCAUAUCUCAGAAGUCGUCGCCCAGCAGCUCGCACAGAAGUUCCCGUAACGACUACAUGAAGUCCGGUCUCUACUCCACCUUCACCAUCCAGUCGCUGCAGGCCCUGCCUAAUUCUCGACCCGUCAAAGCAGAACUGAUGCUGGACCCAGCCUCCAAGCUGGAUCGUGCUCCCAGAGAGGGUUCAUCGCCGUCAGUAGGUGGCGCCAUUGAACCGUCUCGCCAGGUGAUUGCCACUCAUCCUUCACCGUGCCCCACACCUAUUGGUAGCCAACCCCAGACAGCCAACACCCCCAGCCAAUCACAGAAUCCUUCUGGACCCACGCUGAGUGACCCUCCCCACAUUUACCUCACCAGUGUCAGGGACCCGUCCUCCCUCACCCCGCUGAUCCCCUUGGGUCCUGUUGGGGGCACCGUGAGCCCUGUACAGCCGCCACACUCCGUCACCGGCACCCAUACGCCACAACCGGAUGACAGCGGUGGAGUGGCCAAUGUUGCCGGUUUCCCUCACCCACCACCCGUCUUCGUCAUCAUUAACCCCCCUCCCUCGCAGCAGCAGGCUGCUAUUGUGCCCACACCCCCCUCUGUCACUCCGUCUCUAGCACGCCCUCCCCUGCCCCCCAUCGUCAUCAAGGAGGAGACGUUGCCGUCAGAUGAGGAUCUUCUAGAGAUAGGGGGCCUGGAGGAGAAACAGCUGGAGGAGGUUCCUCAGCUCAUUUGCGGCACGGGUGAAUCACAGCCUCAGCUUGCCAUCAUAGAAGCCACGCCCCCUCCCGGCAUUGACGUUGUGGUUGGAGGUCAGCGUUCAGGAGGGGAAGAAAAGGACACGCUUACGGACCCAUCUGUGUCUGUGGUGACAUCAUCAUCAUCAUCAUCGGCAGGGGCGGCGACCUCAACCUCAGACGUUGUCCCUCCCAAACUAAAGAAGCCACGAGGCUUGGAGCUGCCAUCCUCCCCUUCCCUACCCCCAGGCCUCUCCCUGGACAAGGUCAAUGCCGCUGUCAACAGUUUGCUGGCGCCCGGGUCGGCCACCAACACGCUGACGCCCAGCGUCAUCACCUCACACGCUCUGACUCCCGUCCUAUUGACUCCCAGUCCGCUUCCCUCCACCAUCCACUUCUGGAGCACGCUCAGUCCCAUCGCUCCUCGCUCGCCCGCCAAGCUUUCCUUCCAGUUCCCGACAAACGGCAGUAACCAGAUGCACAUCCCGGCGCUGAGUGUGGAUGGUCUGUCCACCCCCGUGGUGCUGUCCCCUGGACCCCAGAAACCCUGAACCUCCUGCUUCCUGGCCUCUUGUUUACUUCACACGAGGAUGGCCGUCGAUGCUAAAAUCCCAAGAUGGCGGCUUCAUGGUCAUGGUGAAGGACGCUACCUGCUUGGAGGACCUAAAGGAAGACUCGCAAGGAGAAAAAGGAAAAUAUUUUUGCUGCCUCAUUAAUAUUCAUGAGGAAGAAAGGAAGUUGAACACAUUUUGUGGGCUCUUUUCUGCUUAUUUAUUUCCACUUUCUGCUUUUGGUGGCCAUUUUUGACAAUAAUUUGUUCUUGUGAUGCUAUUGGACGCAAUAUUUUCCUGGAAGAUGAACGCGCCCCUCAGACUUUUUUGUUAUUACAUUCCUUGGAAAUUUAAUUGUUUGCCUAAUGAGGACCUGUCAGGACAUCCCUCGCUUCAUUCCGUUCAAGGAGGUUCACUUCCGCUACACUUUGUUCAGUCUUGAAAUUGUUACUUGUACGUGCAGCAUGGACACGCCCACUUGACCUCAAUACAAAGAAACCUACUGUUGAUGUUGUCCCUGAACACAUUAUGGCCUGGACAUCACAGCAGCACAAACAUGCAGUGUGAUGUUUUCAUGCUAGUAGAGCUCUGUGGUUUUUACAGCAACCUGACACUGACUGUUGUUCAUGUGUUUUGUAUGCUUGUGUGUAUAUGACCAGGCUGCUCGCAAACACACACACACACAUUCAGUUGGAUCCUGAGUGAUGCAGCAACAUUUUAAUUUUUUUUUUUAUUUUUGAGGGGGCUAGUUAAUGAUCCCUUAACCCCCCACAAGUGAUGAUUGGUUAUCAAAGACAAAACACCUCUAAAGCGCACACGCUCAUUGGCACAAGAAGCAGCUUCCAAAGAUGUGCGAAGUGGUCCCUAAAAUAUCUGACAGUGAUGAGUCGCCUUGUGAAUGCAGCACUUAAGCCAUUGUGUUCGACUGUUCUAUUUUUCUAGCAGAGAGCUGCUGCUUUAUUUUGUCUAUGGAAAAGAACAAAAAAAAGCCUUAAAGACGCUCUAAUGUCAUCUUUCCCAGUGGGCGUGUCCUACACAAAGCCAUUUGUUUUGGAACGUUUUCCUCUCACCAGCAGAACAAGAAGAAUGUUUUUAUAAUGUGGAUUAAGUCCAUUUAGCCUCACCAGGGGUGGCUGACCACAUGUUUUUUAGCCUAGAUGCUGGCAUGUUAGUGUCCACGUUUCCUGUCACUUUCACAAUAAGAGCGUGUGUGUAAAAAGUUGAAGUUGAACAAUGAAAAUAUUGUAUAUCAAGUUGUUUAAGAGUCUCUUUGGUCCUGCCCUUCUUCACCUGCCAUUGGCUGGGGAGUUUAUUGAUAUAAAGGGGCGGGGCCUGACUUUAUUUUUAUUGUUGGUAUUUACUGGAAACAUAAAGAUAUUUUUUAUUGA